GUUCUCUUUUGAAAAUUCGUUACUGGACUAUAACGCGACCAGUGGACGCGGCCCGUUCCGGUUCCGAUAGAUAUUGAAGCCCUUCGUUUAUGAGCGGAUCAUUUUGGCGGUCGAAUCGGCGAUCGCGGAGGAUAUGGCGGCGGCGCUUCUCCUCUCCGGCACCAGAAGGAUUCACGCUGUUAUGGCGCCCUGGAAUCCUCUCGCUAAUCUUUCUCUCUCAAAUGGAUCCUUCUCCUCCGUCCCCGACGACAGAGUUUCUACAGCUUCGGCCGCCUCGCUUUUCCCCUUCCUCAGUUGUCGUCGCCGGAAGAGGAUUCGAAACAAGGUGCAGAGCCCCCGUGCCGCCCGUACCCAGAAAGACGGCAGUCGUCCUCUCCCCGAGUUCGAAGCGAUCGUCCUUCGCGACUCCUUCCUCCGCUUCAUAACCCGCACAAAGUGCUACCUUUCUCAUCUGCCUGACCAUCGCAUCGCCCUCGCCGAAGCCGGCAAGCUCCAUCGAGAGCUAGGGUUUCCUCGAGGUCGCAAAGUCUCCCUCUUCGCCGCCCAACACCCUCUGCUCCUCCAUCUGACCCGCCUCCCGCCUGACUCCAAACCCUACCUCGCCUUCACUCCGCUCAUGGACUCCCUCCUCGACGAGGAGCUCAAACUCAUGGAUGACAUGGAGGCGGCUCGUGUCACCACUGUACGCAAGCUCCUCAUGCUAUCGGUUGGCCGCCGCAUUCCUCUGGCCAAACUCCAUCAUUGUCGCCUCCUCUUCGGCCUCCCUGAUGACUUUCGCGACCGCGUCUCCAAGUAUCCGGAGUACUUCCGGGUCGUCGCCGAUCCAACCGAUGGACGCCAUGUUCUCGAGCUCGUUGAAUGGGACCCGGCCCUCGCCGUCAGUGCCCUCGAGAAGGACUUCGUUCCUGACGCAGCCCGGGUUCGGAGGUCAUUUAAAUUCCCCAUACGCCGUGGAAAGGCGUUGCCUUUGGAGGAGGACGACGAGAAGAGAUUAGAUUCUCUAACUACUCUUCCUUUGGUGUCGCCUUAUUCUGACGGUUCAGCAUUGCAGCCAUGGACAUUGGAGGCCGAGAAGUAUCGAGUCGGUGUUAUUCAUGAAUUUUUGAGCCUGACGUUGGAGAAGAGAGCUUGGAUCCAUCACAUUGUUGAGUUCAAGGAGGAAUUCAAUCUCACGAAGCAUACUUACCAGAUGCUGCUGAAGCAAUCCCGAGCAUUUUAUCUCGCUGGCACCGAGAUGAAUUGGGCCGUGUUCCUAAGGGAUGCUUAUAGGAAAGAUGGAACUUUGAUUGAGAAGGAUCCACAAAUCUUGUUCAAUGAAAAAUUGCAGAGUUAUGCUUUGGCAGAUUCAGAAUCCAGGAUUAGAAGGUUGAAGGAAGAAUUGCUCACAGAUUGAGGAGCAGGAAAGAGAAGUUUUCUUAACAUUAUCAGUUUUGGUUCUGAAGCAUUCAUUUAUUGACAAUGAAUCAUGGAAUGAUAGCAAAGUUU